GAAAGCGACCCUACCCCUCCACUCCUGGAACGUGACCCCCUCCUCCUCGUCCCGAGGGCUGUGCGACUCGGUCCGUUGGAGGCAGAGCUAUGGAGGAAGAGACGGUCAAAGUGUUGCCCACAUCUUCGAGCCACCGUGGCUCACGCAAGAUGAGCCAGUCCAGCGACAUUCGGAAUCUAUGGACCACAGCCACGCUGUCGCAGCCACAACUGAACAUCGAGCUGUCCCAAGUCUGCGAGAACUUCGACGAGGAGGGCAGAGAGAUAGGCAAGACUCGUGGGUGGUACACCCAGAAGAGCAGCUGGGAAGGUGAAGAGGACAAGACUAAUCUGAAUCCAGAGGAGCUGAACGAGCACACCUUGUUGGAACUGGAACUGCACCGCGGCGGCUCCAGUGGCACCGUGCGAAGCCAUUUUGAGGAGGAGAGAGUCGAAUCCAAGAACGAGGCUGGCGUCCUCAUUGUCAUCGCUCAGCAUCUCGAAGCACGCACCCCAUCGCGCCUAUUGGGCAGAGCAGCAGAACAGGCUGCCGCUGCCCCUGAUGGAACUCAUGGAGAACGAGGUUCUGGAAAUCCUCACCAAAGCCCUACGGAGCUACCGGUCAGACAUCGGCAGGAACCAUUUCCUCACCAAAGAGCUGCAGCGAUACAUCGAGGUACUCAAGAAGCGCCGGAACAAGAGGCUGCACGUCUCAGCGAACUAAGAGCACCGUCUUGGGUUCACCGACUCCAGCCCCCAGUCCCCAGACCCAAGUCCAACCCAGUCCUCGUGGAAUUUGGGUCCUAGAGAAAUAAAAGAGACUGUG